AUGGGGGAGUCACCCGACACCAUAGAUGACUACAUGAGAAUGUACGAAAGAACUGCAGGGGAGAGUUUGUAUACAUUGUCAAGGGGUGUUGUUGAAACAUUUGGAGACGUGUAUUUGCGGAAACCUUCGUUGCAUGAUUUUCAAGAAUUGUAUGCGGCGCAUAAAGAAUGCCAUGGGUUUCCCAGAAUGAUCGGAAACAUUGAUUGCACACACUGGAAACGGAAAAAUUGUCCGAUAGCAUGGAAAGGGCAAUACACAAGUGGUCAUCACGGAUCGUGUUCGUUGGUUUUAGAGGCCCCAGAUGCUCCUUUCACGGUGAAUGUAAAUGAAUACAAAUAUGAGUAUUACCUUACAGAUGGAAUAUAUCCUCAGUAUUCCACAUUCGUGAAGGCAUUCCGACACCCGGUUGAAGAAAAAGACAAAUUUCUUAAGAGAAGACAAUGA